AUGGGAGUUGCUGAUGCUGGCGAUAAUCAUACACUUCCCGAAUCUUCCAUCGUUCUUAAUGGCAAUGCUAAGGACGAUGGCAGCAUUGUUAGCUACCAGUGGACACAAGUCUCAGGUCCUGCAAAUGCUUUGUUGGUGAAUGCCGACAAAGCCAAAGCAACAGCAUCGGGGCUGAUAGAGGGUCAUUACGUGUUUAUGCCGUUGUGGAAGACGAUGGAGAUAAAAAUGAACCCCCAGUUGCGCGAGCCUUCAAUGCCACUGAUCUUCAUUGUGGGAGUGGCGUUUGCUGCUGAUUGGAAAGUGGCUAAUGUCGAGAGGACUAUCGAUCUGUCAUCUCAGACGAUUUUACCAGCGUCGGCCAAGGAUAUAUACUAUAGAGAUGAGAUUGGAAACAUAUCAACAUCAGCUGUGCGACUUCGCGCUGAUUCUGUUGAUGUCGAACUGAAACCGAGUUACAUAUUCCCGCUUUUUGGAGGAUGGCGCACUUCCUACGUUAUCGGUUAUAAUGUGCCUUCUUUCGAAUAUCUUUACAAUAAGGGCAAUAAUUAUGCGCUAGAAAUGAGAGUUCUCGACCAUAUUUUUGACAAUGCUGUGGUUGAAAAGCUUACGACGAAAAUCAUCCUGCCAGAAAUGAUAAGAAAAGCGAGGCUUAUCACACCAUACAGCAUGGAUAGAAGACCCGAUGAAGUCCGCGCUACAUACUUGGACACAACUGGCAGAACAGUUAUAGUGUUGCAGAAAGAAAACCUUGUUCCAGAGCAUAUCCAGUCUUUCCUCUGUUUUACGAUUGAGUUCUCGCAAAUGAUCCGCGAACCAUUGCUCGCCACGGCAUUUUUCUUUGCACUCUUUACCGUUGUAAUUAUCUAUGUGCGGUUCGACUUCACAAUCGUUGCGGAUCCGGCACGUGAAGCACGCGAACGUAUCUUACAAGGGAACGAUACUCAAUGGAUCCUUAAGGGUAGGGUAGCUAUUGUUCAUCCUAAAGGAGCAGAUGAGGAGCGCAAUUUACGACGAGCAUCUCUAGCACUGGCUCAUCAAAAUAACAAAUUCAAUCUUGGCGCUGUUCCCGAUGACAUCAGUGGAGAAAAUUCGUUCUUCAUAUAUGCAAGCAAAUAA